AUGUACGCCAAGAAAUCUGAACAGGGGCCACACAAAGGAAGGUCUUUUGACUCUGUAAACUCUGCUUAUGAGGAGAAGCAGCUCAAUAAUGAAGUAAGUAGAAAUAAUGAUGCUUGUGUUACCUUUAGUAAAAUUGAUGAGAACCAGGACAAUAGGAGCAUCUCCACUGAAAGGCCCACCAGCUCUGAGAAAAGCAGUGCAACUAUCAUAUUCUCCCUGAAAAAUGAAGUUGGUGGUCUUGUCAAGGCACUAAAGCUUUUCCAGGAAAAACAUGUCAACCUCGUUCAUAUCGAGUCUCGCAAGUCCAAACGAAGGAAUUCAGACUUUGAGAUUUUUGUGGAGUGUGACACCGAGCACGAGCAGUUCAAGGAUCUGACUCAGCUGCUGAAGAAGCACACUGAUGUUAUUGAGAUUAUUACGUUUGACAACUCCAUUGUACCUGAUGAAGAUAUGGCUGGUGUGCCCUGGUUCCCUAAAAAGAUCUCUGAUCUGGAUCUGUGUGCAGACAGGGUUUUGAUGUACGGCUCUGAAUUAGAUGCAGAUCAUCCGGGAUUUAAAGACAACAUAUAUCGCAAAAGAAGAAAAUAUUUUGCUGAUUUGGCCAUGAGCUACAAACACGGCGAUCCCAUCCCUCGCAUAGACUUCACAACAGAGGAGGUGCGAACCUGGGGCGAGGUGUUCAGGGAGCUCAACAAGUUGUACCCCAGCCAUGCCUGCAAGGAGUAUCUGAAGAACCUCCCUCUGCUGAGCAAAUACUGCAGCUACAGCGAAGACAACAUCCCCCAGCUGGAGGACGUCUCACACUUCCUCAGAGAGCGCUCAGGCUUCACCAUCCGGCCGGUGGCAGGGUACCUCUCCCCCAGAGACUUUCUAGCAGGCUUGGCCUUCAGAGUAUUCCACUGCACUCAGUACGUCCGCCACAGCUCCGACCCUCUGUAUACACCCGAACCAGACACAUGCCAUGAGCUGCUGGGCCAUGUUCCUCUGCUUGCUGAGCCCAGCUUUGCCCAGUUCUCCCAAGAGAUCGGUUUAGCAUCGCUGGGAGCUUCAGAUGAUGCCGUACAGAAACUGGCCACAUGUUAUUUCUUCACAGUAGAGUUUGGUCUGUGUAAGCAGGAUGGCAGGUUAAGGGCCUAUGGAGCUGGACUGCUCUCCUCCAUCAGUGAACUCAAGCAUGCUAUGUCUGGUAAGGCUCGUAUCCUUUCAUUUGAUCCCAUGGUGACCUGUAAGCAGGAGUGCUUGAUAACUACGUUCCAAGAAGUUUACUUUGUUUCCGACAGUUUUGAGGAAGCCAAGAACAAAAUGAGGGAGUUUGCCAAGACCAUUCGGCGUCCAUUCACAGUACACUACAAUCCCUACACCCAGAGUGUGGAUGUCCUGAAGGACACCAACAGCAUCAAUAGCAUGGUGAAGGACAUCCGGCACGAGCUGGACAUUGUGGAAGACGCUCUGAACCGACUCAGCACCUGA